AUGACGGACAACGAAAAGGAUUUAAUUGAGAUAUUGGAUGAAAAUAUCCCUAUAGACACGAACAAGUACAUAAAUUUUGUCCAAUCCCCACAAUGUGGGGCCAUCGCGACUUUUUUUGGCACGACCCGCGACACUUUUGAUGGGAAGACCGUGUUGGAGCUGAGGUACGAGGCGUACAUCCCCAUGGCCAUACGUUGCAUCAAAUCAAUAUGCACCUCGGCUCGGGCUUCAUGGGACCUACACUCAUUGGCUGUGGCGCACCGUGUGGGCCCCGUCCCGGUUGGGGAGGUGAGUGUGUUCAUCGCAGUCUCGUCCGUGCACCGGUCGGACUCCCUCGACGCGUGUAAGUUUGUGAUUGACGAGGUGAAGGCUUCGGUCCCGAUAUGGAAGAAAGAGGUGUACACGAAUGGGGAGGUUUGGAAGGAGAAUUCGGAGUUCUUGGAGAGGAGGGAUGGGCCCGGCCCGAUUGUGGCGGUGAAGGGCCCGGGAUGCUGUGGCGCUAAGGUGAAGGUGAAUGCAGUCGACCCGUGA